AUGAUGACGGCGAUGGCGAUUGAGGAAAAAGUGUUGUUGGUGCUAUUUCAGCAGGUGGCGAUGAUUGUUGCGUACAAAGCAGAGAAUUCUAGUACAAAGCGACGGAUGCAGAAACCCUACUUCUUGGACUUGUUCUUCUUGGAAGCGAUGGGUUGCGGCGGUAGCUUGAGGUGCUUCUCGGCCUCGAGGGGAUUCAACCAGCGGAGAGGGUGCCGAUUGAAGCAAGGCCCUCGAGUUGAUUUCUAG